UGGGUCGUCGGUCUGAUUAUUUCUUCUGGGUUUUUGUGAUGUUUGGGUUUGUGGGUGAGAGGAUGAGGGACGUGUUGGCCUUGCAAUUACCAAUUCAAUCUCCAACAAUCCCAUUUGCCUGAAAAUAUUUAAUAAAAUAAAAUAAAAUUGGAAAGUCUGAAUCUUUGCGUGUAAAUACCAAACAUGGAUUAACAAUUCAGAUUCCUCAUAUCUCCAACACUUGAGGGCUCUUCCUCUUGGAGAAGAAGAAGAAGAAGAAGAAGGAGAAGAAAAGGAGGGAUCUUGUUCAACUCACCCAUGGCUCCCAGCAAGAAUUCUACUGGCGAACCAAGUGUUUCAUGCUCACAACCAGAGAACGGUUUUCUCAAUUCGAUUUCUCCUUUAAGUUCAGAGAAAGCAGUCCAGGAACUUCUCCAGCAAUCUCCUGUUCAAAGCACAGAUGACCACCUCAUAGAGUUCUCAGACGCUAUGAGAACUGUUGCAAAGGCCCUGAGACGGGCUGCUGAAGGAAAGGCUUCUGCACAAGCUGAGGCAGCUGAAUGGAAGCGUAAAUACGAACUGGAGAGGGCUCGCAAUCUACAUUUGGAACAUAAAGGCUACCACUUUUAUGAAAAGCUACAAGGUUCGUGGAUUCCGAGUUCUCUAUGUAAUGCAGUGGGAAUGAUAGGAUUUAUGCUUCCAUGUGUUUUCUUCUUGGAAAUUUUCAAGCAACGGGGCAGGGAAGUUUCUGAAGAGCAAUCAAGUAAAGAGGCUAACAGCAUUGGAGAGAGGACAGAGAACUUGUCCAGCCAAUCAAAUGAGCAAUCUGAACAGUGUUGUGGGAUGAAUGGGAUAUGCUCCCAUGAAGUUCUUCGGGAUGAUGAAAGUUGCUCCGAUUCCAAGGUGUUCCCCAAUAAAUUGACCAGAAAGGCAUCAUUUAAACUUUCAUGGUGGUGCAAUGGCGACGAGAGUGACCAGCACAAGCAUGACAUCGUCUCUUUUGAAAGGGGAAACAUUACAACUGCAGAGCGUAGCAGUAAACAGAUUGCGUUGAAGUGGGAAUCUCAGCCACAGACUGUGAUUAUAUUGACGAAACCAAAUUCAAUUUCUGUUCGAAUUCUGUGUGCAGAGAUGGUCAGAUGGUUGAGAGAGCAGAAAAAGUUAAAUAUUUAUGUGGAACCACGCGUAAGAGCUGAACUUCUUACGGAGUCAUCUUACUUCAACUUUGUCCGUACAUGGAAGGAUGAGAGCGAAAUAAUGCUGCUGCACACAAAAGUAGACCUUGUCGUAACUCUUGGUGGGGAUGGAACUGUUCUCUGGGCAGCAUCUAUGUUCAAAGGGCCAGUUCCUCCUGUUGUGCCGUUUUCUUUAGGGUCACUGGGAUUUAUGACUCCUUUUCAAAGCGAACGCUACCAAGACUAUCUUGAUUUAAUUUUAAAAGGUCCCAUUAAUAUCACGUUGCGACACCGGUUGCAGUGCCACGUUAUUAGAGAAGCAGCCAAAAACGAGUACGAAACUGAAGGACCAAUGCUUGUACUAAAUGAGGUUACAAUUGACCGUGGGAUAUCAUCAUACCUCACAAAUUUGGAAUGUUAUUGUGACAAUUCUUUUGUCACAAGUGUCCAAGGAGAUGGGCUAAUAUUAUCAACAACAUCUGGCAGUACCGCGUAUUCAUUAGCAGCUGGAGGAUCAAUGGUCCACCCCCAGGUUCCUGGAAUUCUUUUUACACCUAUCUGUCCACAUUCCUUAUCGUUUCGGCCUCUGAUAUUACCUGAGCACGUGACUCUGCGAGUACAAGUACCUUUCAACAGCAGAAGCCAUGCAUGGGCGUCAUUUGAUGGAAAGGACAGGAAACGGUUGGCUCCUGGUGAUGCACUUGUGUGCAGCAUGGCGCCUUGGCCUGUCCCCACUGCAUGUCAAGUUGAUUCCACCAGUGACUUCUUGAACAGCAUCCAUGACGGGCUUCACUGGAAUCUGAGAAAGAUUCAGUCUUUCGAUGGCCCUCGGGAAGCAUAGUUCGCAGUUUUUCUUUCGUAUAUUAUUUUUGCUAGUUUGCAGAUCCCGAUCGAGUCUAAAUCUAACUUGUGUUGUUAAAAAGGUAAGAAAGGGGAGGUGGGUGGGGGUGGAAGGUGAAGAGAAAAUCUAAAAGUCGUAAUUAUUUAUUUUACAUGUCUCCGGUUUCCCCCUCAACAAGGAGCAUAAACGUUUUCUUGUCCAAUAAGUAAAAGGCUUGAAGCAGAAAGCAUGAUAAAUGGAUGCCAAAAGAUUAAUGUUACUCUUUCCGUAUGAACUUGUAAACUGGAUCUUGAUCAUUGCACGAAUAUAUAUAAAAAAUUUAGAAAUUGUUCA